ACAGGUUGUAUAGUAAAUGUUUUGCCCAUUGUUGCUCCGCCAGCUUCGGUUGGUGAGUCUUGUCUAAGGGCUGUAUAGAGUACGGCACCACCACCCUGAAAAUUCACCUUCUUACUAGUCCCACUUCUGCAAAAAUGAAGCGUUUUGAAAGGCUUGAAUCUGGUGCCGCCACGUAGGCAUGGUCGUUAUUGUAAGAAGCAUAUAGUCAUAAAAUAACCGUCCCCAACAAAACUGGGGAUUUCGGGUUAAUUAUUAAAGAAAGAAAGAGGAAGCAAUGGCUUUGAAAGCUGUGUUUCGUGUUAUUGGAGGAAGGCAAAGAUGCUCAUCUCUGAGAUUCAUUCCUUCUCGAUGUCUGCAACUCCAUCAUUCUCUUCCUCGCCCUGCUUCUUCUCUGAGCUUCACUUCAUUUUCGAAUCGUCAACCUCUAGGGUUUAAAUUUGGAGUGAGAGGUAUAAGGGAAGCGGCAGGGAAUCCUGUGAGUCCUAGGAAAGGAGAUGAAAGAGAAUCAUCAGGACCUGAGAAUUGGAAGGUUAAGAUGUUGUACGAUGGAGACUGUCCACUAUGUAUGAGAGAGGUGAAUAUGUUGAAAGAAAGAAACAAGAGGUAUGGUACUAUCAAGUUUGUUGACAUAAGCUCUGAGAAUUACUCUCCAGAGGAUAAUAUGGGGCUAGACUACAAAACUGUUAUGGGAAACAUCCACGUGAUCCUCUCUGAUGGAACUGUAGUUACUAGUGUCGAAGCAUUCAGAAAGUUAUAUGAGGCAGUUGGGCUGGGAUGGGUGUACGCAAUAACUAAAUAUGAACCUAUUGGAACAAUAGCAAAUGCUGUUUAUGGUGUUUGGGCUAAAUAUCGGCUCCGAGUUACAGGUCGACCACCUAUAGAAGAAGUAUUGGAAUUGCGGAAGAAGAACAAGGUUAGAAACUAUCCUUCCUGCAAUCCUGCAACAGUAGCUCUUUAAGGAUUUGAAAGUAACCAUAAUAAGCUUACAGUCGCUUGUCCAGCUAACUCUUUGUGUAAUUAAUAUAGAAAAUUUUGACACAUAUAUUGCUCGUGUUAAUGCAUGAGGAGACUAAGGAGGUAUUUUCAUGCAUGCAGGAAGAAGUAUGUAGUAACAGAACUGAAUGUAAAGUACCACCAGUAAAGUAGGUCUUCAGAUGACCGAGGAGUAUAUAUGUAAUCAUGUGUGUGUGUAGAGUUGAUACAAAUGAGAACCAUCACCUAAAAGGAGAACUAAGAACUUUCUUUUGUUGUCUCUUGGGGGGACAUCCGAUAAAAUUGGAACGAUACAAAGAAGAUUAGCAUGGCCCCUGCGCAAGGAUGACACGCACAAGAAUUUUCUGUUGUUACAGUUUGAUCAUAAAUACAUGCUAGGUAGUUAACUCGCUACUCGGUAAUUACAAAAUGUAUGUAUACAAAAUUAGUUACGUUAGUAAACAUGAUGUCCUUAUAAGUCAUUUAAUAAAUUAACAGCUAUUGUAAACAACCGUUUAACCAAACACUAUUUUACCGCUAAUACUAUUAGCCAAUCAAAACCGUG